GCAUCAUCUGGAGUAGGGAGCUUAACAAGGUGUGCUUAAGUAAUCCUACUCAUUUGGUAAUCUCACCCUUCUACGAUUAUCGGGUAGAAAUUCACCCCGCGAUGGAGUCGCUCCCCGUUGAACUCCUUAUUCAGAUAUUCAGCUCUUUCUGCUUCCAUUGUCGAUGCCCUGGCGACUUCCCCAACGCUGAUCUUGACUAUGUUCGAAGCGAUAAGAAAGUGCUGGCUCAUCUAUGCCGGACGUCGAAAUUCAUCUGUUCGGUUGCGCAACCCAUAUUAUACCAUUUUUACGCCACUGGAAAUAGUCGAAUAAGGAUAAUACAGGCUGAUGGAUAUGUCGGGUUCCCUAAUGAGCCAGACUUUCUAGCACAAUUUGUUCGUACCAUCGCCCAGCGCCCCGAUCUAGCAUCGCAGAUUACUACGAUGCAUAUUGUGCGAACGAACUCGUUAAUGGGAUACGAGACACAAAUGCAGACAGUAAAGUCGUUAAUCGAUUUUAGCAUCUCGAAAAAUCUCCUCAAAAAGCCUUGUCUACCCGAUAAUUGGCUUGAUGGUCAUUUUUCGCGCUGGCGGAUUGGCUAUCAGGAAGAUUUACACCGCUGGUUGGCCACACUCGCUGCCGUGCUCUGCCCUCGGCUGAAGAGUCUGUUUCUCAAUAUUGAUACAAACGCUCAUUUUCCUGCAUUGGAAGAGUCUCCUCAUAUCAAACUGUUGUCUUUGCAAACUUUGGGGGUAAUGUCAUUUGUAAUCGAUUAUCAUAUCAGUGAGUUGCAUGCACUGUACGCAGCUGCACCAAACCUCGAAACACUCUACGCAUGCGAUUCGUCGGGUUGGAUAUCCAAGAUGCUCUUUGACACCGAUUAUAAGCUUCAUUUAUCCAACGUCAAGAGGCUGGCGAUUUCAGACUCAACCUCAAACGACUUAGAAAACCUAGUGCGCUGCACCCCGAAGUUGGAAGACUUAGAGUACUAUUGGGAAGAUAUGGACGAGGAGAAGGAGUACCAUUUUAGAGACAUGGCGGAGGUAUUGAAACCCGCCAAGGAUACGCUUAAGAGGCUUGGUGUUACCUUUCUACCACGCGCCGUUCACCUCGAUCCAUUCCCCAAAUGGAUCGAGCCGCCAGUAGUAGAUUAUCCUCCCAUAAAAACUCUCCGAGAGUUUACUGUGCUGGAGAAUUUGUCGAUCGACUGUUUCUUGUUAUACCGAGAACAGGACGUUGACACCGAUGAUCGGUUAGUUGAUCUGCUCCCGCAAUCAAUUCGAUCUCUCCGAAUAUCGUACGUGUAUAGGGGUAUACUGUACUGCCUGCGUCAGCUUGCUAUCGAUGCGCCGAAGAAGUUCCCGUUUCUAAAGGAAGUUAUACUUGGCAUUUCGGAGAGAACAGAUCCAAGAUACGACUACAAGAUCGAAUUGUCGAUAGCUCUUGAAAAAGAAUUCGAGGCGUCGGGUAUCAAGUUCGAGUUACAAGAUGAUGCUUUAGGAGCGCAUGCGCGGACUAUCAUCCCAGGUGAUGUAGUCGGAUCGAAUAUGGCCCCUGUACCGCGUAUAUUAAAUGAAAGAGGAUAUUAAGAGAACUAGAUUACAAAUAGGUAACAAUUAUAAACGCAGAAACCGAC